UAAAAUCAGCGGAGGAAAAAAAAAAGAAAUCUUAAAAAAAAAAGGAGAGGAACGAUGGCGGAAGGAAAAGCCGACGAACAGCUCUUCCAGCUUCUUUCAGGUCUUCUUCAUCAGGUGGAAUCUCUGACGAACACAGAGGAGGUUGAGCUGCGAUCUAAGAUUGAAGCGCUUGGUCUUGAAGUGACGAAACUACCAUCCAAGUCUGCUCAUCAUCUGGACGAGGUGGAGAUAGCGAGGGAGCUCGAUAAGUUAUCAGCAAAGUUAGACGACGUGGAUGAGAUGAUAUCGACGGCCAUGGCCGAGGAUCCGCAAGUGAAGUCGCUGCUGAGCGGAACGGCUGAUGUGUGGAUGCCUGUUAUCACCGCCAACGCUGACGAGAGGCGUAAUUUUGCCCCCACUGUUUCCGAUUCUUCUACCCAACAUCACGAUGAUGACGAUGAUAACAAGGGCUCGUAGCUUCCAUUUGCUGUUUCUGGGUGAAUUUGCUGCUUCUUUGUUUCUUCAUAAUGUCAGCAUCUCUUGGACAUAAGCUUACUGGAGUUUUUGGUGUAUCCACCUUCGAUUUUCAUCUC